AUGUUGUCUGGCGGGGCUCUUCCUCAAACACUGGGUUCCAUCACUGCUACCAAAAUCAAGGAACUCUCGAAACAACGAACACUGUUCGAGAAGCGAAGAGCAGAGAUUGUACAAGCUGCCGAGGAUGCCCCCAGUCUACGAUCAAAGGCCCAAGUCCUCCUGGAAGGUGUAACCAAGCUAAAGGGAUUCCCUAAUGAUGCACUUGACCAGGAGGACCUAGAUACGGACGACUCAUCUAAUGAGGAAUCUGCCGUUGUAGAUCAGACUGAGCGCGCUACUCACGCUAAUAUUCGUCGCUUUCUUCUGCAAAGCAAGUAUGAUCCUUCUGUCUCAGACCGCAGCCUGAAAGGUUGGAUUGCCCAGCUCGAAAAGGAGCUCAGUUACCUUGAGCUAAGGCAUAAGCAUGCCGACUUCUAUAGCGAGCUGGUCACGGAAUGGCUGCGUGACUUCGAAGAGGUGGCUGCUUCUGGCUCCGCAACGGACGAGGACGGGUCGCAAGAAAUGGCUUUCGAAAAUAUUGGUCGGUCAGAAAUGCACGAACAGCGAGCCACAUGGGAGUCCCUGGUCUUCACAGAGGCAGAUGUAGAUGGGGCUGCCAUCAAAGCCUACCUUGACAGUCUAUUCAAAGCAACAACGCCCUCACAGCAAGCAUUGAAGCAAUUGCGGGAGGCAGUCAGGACAUUCGGAAAUGACUUUGCUUCGAAGAAAUCUUGGCUUGAGGUCAGCGACCUCAAGUGGGUUUCAGAUUCAUUGCUGAAGUCCGAUUUGCUCACCAAAGAAAAGAUGGCCGUUCUGAAGGAGUUCAUGCGCAACCCGGCAGUCGCCCAGGAGGUCGCGGAUGUUCUCAAUAUGCGCCUUGCCUCUCUUGACAACUGGAGCUGGCCCGCAGAGGGUAUCCCGGUAGAAAUGCGCCGCCAGCUGAAUGGUAAAUACCGGGUAUUCAUGGACGAAGACCUGCUGGAUGGUCUUAUGCUCGAAUACCUGGGGUUGAAAUGGUCAGUGACAUUUCAAUCUGCCUUCACCUCGUUUCUCAACACGCCAGCUUGGAAGUUUCUUCGCGAACAAAUUUCCAGGCGCGAAAUGUCUCGUCGUUCUCGAUUCACGGGGACAAAUGCCAAAGGCUUUGGUACAACGAGUGUCAACGACCACCGGAAGGAGACUUACAAACAAGAUUACUUUAUGAGCCUCCUACCUUCCUCGGUGGAUGCGAACAUGAACCCAUAUGGCGAGGACACGGAGCUUGAUAACGCAAAGAAGAACCCACUGGAAACGAAGCACUCGCUGCUACAUCUUCUGAUUACCGAAUCUCUCCUAUAUACCUCGUUGCACGGCCGAUUCACUGCUAUUAGAUCUGAUUUCAAGUGGUUUGGGCCCUCUCUCUCGCAUACUACAAUACUGGUUGUAUUGGAGUACUUUGGCGUUCCGCAACUCUGGCUUGACUUUUUCCACAAAUUUUUGAGAACUCCAGUAACACGGGCUUAUCUAUAUCGGCUGCAUGAUGACUUCUGGUUCUGGGGUCACGAAGAGACUUGUGUCAAAGCCUGGGCUACAAUGGAAGAAUUUACCAAGGUCAUGGGCUUAGAGAUAAACGAGGAGAAAACGGGAACGGUGCGCCUGAAGGGCAAAGACGUGGAAGAUCAACAAAGUCGACCUAGUGGCUCCCAGGAGAAGGAAGAGUCGGAUCCCCUGCCUGGAGGAGAUAUCCGCUGGGGAUUCCUGAAGCUGGAUCCUUCAGAAGGUCGGUUUGUCAUCGAUCAAGAACAGGUCGACAGCCACAUUGCGGAACUACAGCGCCAGCUCUCAUCCUGCAAGAGUGUCUUCUCAUGGGUCCAGGCAUGGAACAGUUACUUUGGGCGGUUUUUCGCUAACAACUUUGCGAAACCAGCCAUGUGCUUUGGGAGAAGCCAUAUAGAUAUGGCCAUAUCUACACUGAGUCGUAUUGAACGCACUUUGUUUCCCGAAACCUCCAGUGGAGUAACCGACUAUCUGCGCCACGUGAUCGCAGAUCGAUUUGGUGUUGAGGACCUCCCAGAAGGGUUUUUCUACUUUCCUGUAGAAUUCGGCGGGCUGGAGCUCCUGAACCCUUAUAUACCUUUCCUCGCCAUGCGCGAGAAUAUUAAAGCAACACCUAAGGGUCGGCUGCAUAAGGCCUUUGUGCAAUACGAGGUGGAAUACCACGAUUGCAAGCGGCGAUUUGACGAAGGGACUUCUGCUGAGCCAUCUACUUCGCUGAGAACUGAAGUUGACGACGACUUGGCUGACAUGACUCUGGAGGAAUACACCCGGUACUCGGAAACCUAUAGCCGCCCACUUUUGGAGGCAUACACGGAAUUGAUCCGUGUUCCUAAGGAGAUCAGCAUCAGCCUGACCCCAGAAUUGCAUCGAAACCAGAUGUCUCUGGACGAGAGCGUUACCAAGGAUACCAGUGGCCGCAAGGCGAUCUCGGACAUGUGGUAUAGCAUGUCAGCAUAUUGGCAGUGGACGGCAGAGUUGUAUCAGGAAGAGAUGGUAAAGACUUACGGGAAUUUAGCAGCUGUGAAUAGGGAGUCUAUGCCUGUGGGGGUGGUCAAGACGCUGAAGGAAGGCAAACUCAGAUGGCAGAGCUGA